GGGCCGGGGCCGGGUUAUUGACCGGGGGUGUCUUGCAGCUCUACUCCGUGUACCUGGAGGGCUUCCUCUUCUGCAAGGCGCGCUACAGCCAGCUGCACCGCUGGAACGAGCAGACCAACAUGUCUCUACCCUGUAACAUGGAAGAUAUUGAAUUGAGCCAACUUCGGCAUUUAAAAGUAGUAUCCUCAAAAGUCAGCGUGCAGCAGGGAUCUGCACAAGUUGGCCGAUGGGAAAUAAUGAGGAGACUGGUGUGUCUUGAGACUCUUGGGAAAACAGAUGCCUCCCUGCAGUCUAAAUUACGGCGCAUCUUUGGAAGCAGUGUGCCUACUUUCCCUCCAAAGUUUUACCUAGCAAUGACCAAGUCUAUGGCGGAUGAGAGGAGGUCUCAACUUGAGCAGUAUCUACAAAAUGUUACUCUAGAUCCAAACAUUAUAAACAGUGAUGUCUUCAUCAGUUUUUUCCAAAAAUUGCAGCAGGAUACAUUUAAGAUCCAGCCACAGAAAGCUUGUCUAGAUGUUUACCUGGCUGAUGGAAGGAAUAUUAGGCUGGAUAUCAAGACAUCGGACACAGCUGAAAGAAUACUAGAGGUUGCCUCAUACAAGAUGGGACUGUCAAAAGAACUGAUAGGAUAUUUUAGUUUAUUUUUUAUUGAAGAUCACAACAGUGGAACUCUCUCUGUUGUGAAAAAAGUGGCAGAAUUUGAACUUCCCUAUGUGAGUCUUCAGAGCAUGAAACAGUCGCACUGUAAGCUUGGGAUCAGGAAGUGGUAUAUGGAUCCAUCCCUUGAUAAAAUGCUGCUGGACUGUAGAGCCUCUGUGAACUUACUCUAUAUGCAGGCAGUACAGGAAAUUGAGAGGAACUGGGUUAAACCCACAGAUGAACAGAUGCAGAAACUUGAGUUGCUACAAAAAACAGCAAACAAAAUUAAGUUUUUAGAGCUCGUUAGUGAAGUGCAGCACUAUGGAUACAUAAAGCUUGAUCCUUGCACCUGUGAUUAUCCAGAAGUAGGCUGUUCUGCCGAUGUCCAUGUGGGGAAUAAUGAGAUUUACUGCUGCGUAAAACUGCCUACUAAUCAGACCAAAGUAAUCAGCUUCAAGAUCAACAGAGUGAGGUGCUGGCAGGUCACCUUUCUAGGUGCUGUUACAGAUGCAAAUGAUGAAGGGACUGGUGAGACCCUGGAGCUCAGGUUUGAGUACAAUGAUUCAGACACAUGGAAAUGGAUAGUCUUUUACACAAAACAGGCAUUUCUGCUAAGCAGCUGCUUUAAAAAAAUGAUAUCAGAACAGCUGAUGAAGACGACCAAAGAGCAAGAACUGAUUGAGAUGCCUGAAACCAGUAAAAGCAAGAAUUCUAGCAUCCAACAGAACCAGAUUUCUGGUUUUAUACCAAGAAAAAGGACAUUUGUUAGGCCAAAUGAAGAGGACCGCGUUUUUGAGAAAAUAAGAGAAGAGGAUUUGUGAUAAAUUCUGUAUGUUGUACUUUGAGAUGCCUACAAAAAUGUGAUGUGACUUUUGAAUUGCAUUAAAAGGUCCUAAAUUCAUGAAUAUACAAUAUCCUUUCUUGUCCCUUGAUAUUUAUGGCACACCUAACAGUAGCAGUUUUUAAAGCUCCUGUUUACCACUCCCUAGAGUGAAAACAUGCUACAAAUGUGAAGACCAACUUGGAAUAGAAAAGUUUAAGAAACAUGAUACAUUUCUUGUAUACAUUCACUUUUUAAAAGGAAAAGCCUUAAGUAGAAAAGAGUACAGA